CGGCUUGGCGGAGUGCCAGGUCCGCGGCACGUUCGCUGCUCACCGAUCUGUUUCUCUCUGCCCGGCGCGUGGAGCUGGAAGGUGCUGCGCUCCCAGGCCUCGCAGGCACAGGAAAAGGAAACGCGGGACGACAGCGCCGAACAGAAGCAAGAAUCAAGCUCUGCUGCAAAGGAUUGGUGUGACGAAGCAGACGACUGGGGAGUCUGUGAUGGAGCAGAAUCUCCUGCAUGUGUCUCCCUUCAGCUGCUUGGCUUAAAAGAAACAGUGAGCAGCACUCCACCAGCAGAUGUGGAAUGUACAUCCCAGUUCCAGCAGCUUUGCUUAUCUGAGUCUGUGGAUGGCUCAGGGUCCCUGGACACAAAUCCUGCAGCCAGUGAGGAAAUGGUAAUAGAAGCAGCUAGUCCAGCUCCUGUGUUCCAGCCCUUUUACAUUAAUGUUGUGGAUGAGGAAGACUACACUGGUUUCCUUGAUACAGGUCAUGCAGAAAAGCUAUUGAAGGAGUACCAGCAGAGAGAGGGUGUUGAUUUGGAACAGAUGAUGUCAGGAAGUUUUUCAGGUGAAGGUGAUAAUGAAAAAUAUGAGAAGAGUGAAGUCAAAAGCUGGGACCACACAUUCCAUAAAUUUAUGAAAAGAGUAUCUGUGUGUCAUGAGCAGAUUCUAAGAUACUCCUGGGGUGGCCAGCCUUUAUUCAUAACAUGUCCUCCAGCCAACCUAAGCCAAGAUAUUCCAGCCUGCAGCAGCUGUGGAAGCAGCAGGGUGUUUGAGUUGCAGCUGAUGCCAGCACUGGUCAGCAUGCUCCAGAGUGAUUCAGGUCUGUCGGUGGAAUUUGGAACUGUUCUGAUUUACACAUGUGAGAAAAGCUGUUGGCCAGCAAAUCGUCAUACCCCUCUUGAAGAAUUUAUUUUUGUACAAGAAGACCCAGAUCAGAGGUUAUUUAAAUAAAUUGUAUUUUUCCACAUAAAU